GGUAAUUCAAAUAAAAAUGUUGUAAAUGAUGAAUCUAAUGUAAUUGAUAAUGUAAAGAGUAGAUUUAAAGGACUUCUAGAUAAAUAUGAGAAUUUAAAAUGUGAAAUUGAAAAUUGUGAGGUAGAAAAAAAUAACAUUGGUAAUAUUUCUAAUCGAAGCUUUAAUUUUAAUAAACUGAAAUCAUUUUGGGAACAAAAAUCUAUACUAUAG